AUGGACUCAAUUGACCCAAUUGCGCGUGACCCCGGACCAUCUGAGAAGGUGGCCCACGUCUUGUACAUUGCAGGGCCACUGGCCAUUGUGGCUCUUACUGUGGUGCUCCCACUGCUCCGGUUGCUGAUCCGGCCGGCGAGUGAGCGGUCAAGGUAUAGCGGCAUCGGAAGAACGGCCAGAGCAACGCUGACUUGUGUCUCGCCAAUCACUUGUCUGAGCUUUAUUGCGCAAGCCAUUCUCGGUUCAUUCCAGAACCAAGCCAGCUCUCAAGAUGCCUCAUCACCCGAUAACUCUCCGCUGUAUCUCUUGGCGUCAAUCCUCAUCUGGGGCACUUUAUCAGUGGUUCUGGUAGAGAGCAAAUCACCCCACUGGCCCACGUACAUCCUGGCAUGGACCUCCGGUGCUCUAAUCGAUGCAUCCAUUGUCGCUCUUACUACUAGCAAGGAAUUGGCCCUUAGUUCAGGGUACGAAAUUGCACGUCUCUCUCUUCACACGCUGCGCAUAACUGUGUUGCUGGCUGGCGCUGUUUGCAGUCUCUGUACCAUCGAGCGGCACCACGGCCAAGACGAGACAGGGACCGAAGAAGAGACUAGCAACCUCCUAGGCACUACUCAGAAUAGGCAGGCGCGUGAGAACGACCUGGAGAGUAUGUCUUAUGGAUCAAUUCCUCAAGUAGCAGAAGGUGAAAACCCUGAAGUUGAGGUUGAGGAGGACGAGGCCAAGGAGGACGAAGAUGUCAAGGAGAUCAAGGAACUGCAGCGGAAACGUCUUGAGGAGAAAGGUGGCUGGCUAGGCUACCUGAGGAGUUUCAUCAUAUUCCUCCCAUACCUUGUGCCAUACAACCAUCGUCCGACCCAGGGCUGGGUGGUUGUGAUGAUUCUCUGCAUGGGCACAACCCGCGUCCUCACCCUCAUGAUCCCCCGCCAACUCGGUAUCCUCACCGAGUCUCUGGGAAAUAUGUUUGGUACUGGUUCUGUACCGUGGAAGGAUAUUGCCAUAUGGGGUCUCCUCCAGUUUCCCGUGUCCACCAUAACCAACAUGGUAGAGAACAUGGCCACCAUCCGUGUCUCGCAGUACGCCUACCGCAGGCUCACCGAGGCUGCGUUUUCUCAUGUCAUGUCCCUCUCGAUGGACUACCACACCACCAAGAGCACGGGCAGAGUCACUAAAGCUAUCGAGCAGGGCAGCAACCUGAGUUCAGUGCUAAACAGCGUCUUUAACAUCGCACCUGUCAUCAUUGAUUUCGGUGUUGCUGUUAUAUACCUGACUUCGUAUUUUGACUCAACUCUUGGCUUCAUCAUCAUUGCAACGGCAAUGAUCCAUGCCUAUGUCGGCUACAAGGGCAAUGGCAUCAACAUGUCCUAUGAGAGGGUGUUGAGUGAGACGUAUCGCCGAGAGAAUGAGACUUUGUACGAUUCUAUCACGAACUGGCAGACAGUGGUGUAUCACAACCGGGCAACCUUCGAGCAAGACCGCUACGCGAGCUCGAUAGCAAGCUCUCUUAAGGCUCAAAGAAGAUAUUUUGAUGGUUUCGGUUUCAUUCACGCUUUCGAGUCUUUCAUUCUAGAUGCAGGGCUCCUAGCUGCCGCAUCGGUCGUUGCCCUCCGCGUGGCGGCCGGAUCAGCCAAGCUCAGCAGUUUUGUAUUUCUGGUCUCAUACUGGAGCUCAAUUCGUGCACCCAUGAUCAGCCUAUCUUGGACCCUCAGGGAGACAACCUCGCACCUGAUCGACGCCGAGUGGCUCUACCAGCUGCUUCAGACAAAGCCAUCAGUACAGGAAAAACCGGGCGCCCGCGACCUCCAAUGGAAAGGCGGCCGUGUCGACUUCUGCAAUGUCGACUUUGGCUACGGCCCAGAACGGCCGAUCAUCCAAGACAUGACCUUUACCGCCGAGCCAGGCCAGUCCAUUGCACUUGUCGGUGAGACGGGCGGCGGCAAGUCGACCACGCUGAAACUUCUUUACCGCUUCUACGACGUGACCGGGGGCCGCAUCUUGAUCGACGGCCAGGAUAUCCGGGACGUCACCCUACACAGCCUCCGCGAGAGCCUGGGCGCCGUCCCGCAGGAGCCAUCCGUGUUCGACCAGACCAUCAUGGAGAACAUCAUCUACGCCCGACCGGGAGCGUCAGAGGCCGAUGUGAUCGAGGCCUGCAAGGGCGCCCGCAUCCAUCACCAGAUUAUGAAGUUCCCAGACGGUUACAAGACACGUCUUGGUGAGCGUGGAGUGCGACUUUCGGGCGGCGAGCUGCAACGGCUGUCUAUUGCGAGGGUGCUCCUGCGACGGCCACAGAUCGUGGUUUUAGAUGAGGCGACUAGCUCAGUGGACUCAGACACCGAGGCGGCCGUGCAGCAGGCCAUCCGGAUCCUGAGCAAGGACCGGACGGUCUUCACGGUGGCACAUAGAUUGAGCACUGUUGUGGGUGCGGAUCUGAUCCUCGUCAUUGAUGGCGGGAAGGUUGUGGAGAGGGGGACACAUAAAGAGCUACUCGAGUUGGGAGGCAAGUACUCGAGGCUCUGGUCGAUGCAGACGUCGGCGCACUAA